AUGAAUCUCCACCCUGAUUGUCUCGAUGCUCUAAAAUACCCUAGUAAGGAAACUGAUACCAACAACCCUUCACUCAGAAAGUUUCUAGACUUUCGACACCUGGAAGGUGAUUUGGCUGAUUCAGAUACGGAGCACUAUCGUUACCAAUGUGAACUAAAUGCUAUCAGCAAGUAUUACACUGAAGAAUCUGAAGUCGGUCAGAUAGUUUUGAAGUUGAAAAGUGAUUUUGAGGUGGAAUGCUUGCACGGACUACUUUGUGGGUGGUAUGCUUGCAAAGGAAAGGUGGAAUGCUCUGUCCGUAGUAGUUUUUGGGUGGAAGGCUCAUAUGGACAACUUGUGGGUGGGAUGCUCACAAGAAAAAGGGUGGAAUGCUCGUCCAUAGUGGAUAAAAAGUCGAGAUGGACGAAACUCUUUUGGAAUUUACGAGAAACUUGUACUGAAUUAGAGUUAGUUGAUGAGAAAUCCAAAUUGCAAUGGAAAGAAGGGAUGCUUGAAUUUGAAAGAACAGGUCUUUGCCAUCUUCGAGAGACUUCAUCUGCUGUGCAAGAAAAACAAAUCUCAAGUUAUGCAUCCUACAAGGGGCCUGAAAUAACGCGUAUGGCAAGUACACCAAAGCAAACCAUUAUACCAGAAGAUAAAGGAAAGAACGAAAAAUUACUUUAUAAUACUUCACCAAAAUAUAUAUGCAAAAAACCAUUACCAAACCCAUUUUUGGUGAAUCAGCAAGGGAAAAAACGUAAUCUUGAAACCGAAGAAGAUGACGAAGAAUUUGAUGCAAAUCUAACGAUUGUUGGUGGAAAAAGCACCGAAUGGAUUGUAAAUGGAAUUAAAAUCAGGGAACGCCUCAAGGAAUACCAGUUGAAGAAGAAUCUGCCAAAGACGAGGCCAGAAUAUUAUGACAUUAUAUUCUUCAAUUCUAAUUCUAAUAAAGAUGGGUUUUUAGAGUCAUUGGAUGAAAGUAUCAUAGCACAAAUGCUCAGCGAUAUAAAUGAGAAGGAAACCGAAAAUACAGUGGAAAAUGAAAUCAAACUGCUGUUAGAUCGUAUCAUUGAUCAUACCGCUUUAUUUGAAAAUAAAUUCGCGUUGAAUUUCGUGAGACAUAUGGUGAGAUUAAUGGAAGAUGUCAAUUUAUUACUUGACCCAAUGUCGGAAGGUACAUAUAUCAAUAGUGUCCUAGCGCCCAUUCUUGAUGAAUUUUUUAUCAAAAAUAAAAGGCAAUGGCGUGCAUCUUACGGCGAAACUUGUCUCAAAGCGAGCGCAAAAGAUAAAAAUUCACAAAAAGAAGAUUCUGAACGCAGGUCCACCGGAAAGAAAAUUGACACUAUUAUUGAAUUGCGAGAGGAGAAUCAAGAAUUUUCUGUCAUUGAAAUUAGUGGACCACCGUUAAAAAAUGAUUGGUCGCAUUAUAAGGAUGAUCGGUUGAAAAUUGCUAAAAUGUUAAAAACAAUAACAAACCAUUUUGCGGAACUAAACCCGAGUUCUGAUAUUACAUUGGUUAAACUAUACGGAUUGCAAGCGUAUUCAAAUGAGAUUACUAUAUAUGAAUUUCGACUUAAAUUCGCCGAAAUUUAUACUAUGAAACCAACAUUAAUGUUUUCCUUUCCAACAACUUGGGCAGACAUGACAAGGGCAAACAAAACUAUAAUGGGCUUUUUGAAGUAUGAGGCAUUAUUAACCGAAAGCACAAAGUCGAUUCAAGAUUUUCUAUGGAAUGAAGGUGGUGAAAUCGAAUCAUUUAAAAUGACAACACGUAUGAUUCAUACCCCUACAAAAGACACCGAAGAAGCAGAAAACACCAAAAGUUCAAAAUCCAGAAAAAAGAAACGAGUUGUUAAUGAUUAA